AUGCGCGGAGCAGCUGCAGACUUUACUGCCCUCUUGUGGCUGGGAGGGGAACUGACCGCACCUGUGAAUAAUGCAAAAAGAGUGAAAGCUGGACCAAAAGAAGACCACCCGGGUCGGAAUCAUAUUCGUUUGAGAGAGGAUGGAGGAUAAACUUUUCUAUUAUAUACUUUAUUAACUAUUAAUUUGAACUUUAGGGUCACCAGUUUGUAAAAAAAAUACCUUAUCCUUUAAUAGGCUAUUUGGUAAUAAGGCAGGUAUAGAUGUUGGCUAUUAUUAAUGAUCUAUUACUAAUUAGUUAGUUAUACAUUUUAUUGUUAAUAAAUAGAUUUCGGUGCACAGAGAAGAGAUUCAUUAGUGGCCAUUCCCAAUAUAUUAAAGAGCUAAAAAGAGUCCACGACCUGGCAACCCAGAAGUUCCUAUUAAUGGCUAAUAGCAGCUCUAUAAAACAUUGGUAAAUUAUCUAUUAACAGUUGAUAAAGUUGUUAGUCACAACUUCCAACCCCCUUAUAAAGGGUCACUUAUUCUAAACAAAAAUGUGUAUUAACUUUACAUUCUCCGCCAGCUAAAAGCCUUUUAAAAGGCAAAGUAUUAAGUACCACUAUAAGUACAAAAAUCUGUGAUAUUAACCAGCUACAAUGCUCCUUCUAUGCCUUUAACCAGCAGAUAUUUAAUCCUUAAAACCAUAUUGUGUUACUGAAUCUUUGCUUCAUUACUCAGGGGGCAGCUGGCCUAGUAAUCAUGGAAAGUGCAGUCUUACAGGAUAUUAGACAGAAUUAUUGUCUUUACAAUCCGGAUCUACGGAUUUGGUUUCCAAGAAUUAAAUGUCACGGUCUACAGCCCCUCUCCUCUUAUUGGACUUAUUAAGAGGACCGCAUCUCCUUCUCUUCUCUGCAGCUGCACCAGGGCAGCAAACAUGCAGCAUCGCUAGAGAAAUAAUUCACUGGUUGUUGAUAUUGUUGGAUAACUAAUUUUUUUUUUCACCUGUGGUUGUUGGAUUUGUUUUGAUCUAAGGUUGUAGAUGGACCACUGACACUUUAUUUUCAUACCGGGGAGCAGCUAGAGCACUCUAUACUGAGCAAAAUGGGGCACCUUGUCCUACAUAGAAACUCCUCAUCCUCUUACAGCUCAGUCGACACAGAGCUCCUCUCUCGGACUGGCUACACCAUACUGGCCAUUAUCAUGGGUGUGUUCUCUGUGGUGGGGAUCCUCCUCAAUGUCCUGGUGAUCGUGGUGACAAUGAAACACAGACAGCUGAGACAGCCACUCAGCUAUGCCCUGGUUAACCUGGCCAUAUGUGACCUGGGCUGUGCUGUAUUUGGAGGUGUGCCCACCACAGUUACCAGUGCCAUGGGAUACUUCAGCCUGGGACGUGUGGGCUGCGUGAUGGAGGGCUUUGCUGUAGCCUUUUUUGGUAUAGCAAGUCUGUGUACAAUAGGAGUCAUUUCUGUUGAACGCUACAUAGUGGUGUGCUAUCCCAUGGGUGCUGUCCUGUUCCAGACCAGACAUGCAGUCGCUGGAGUGGUGCUGUCCUGGGUGUGGUCCUUUUUGUGGAACACUCCGCCUCUGUUUGGUUGGGGAAGUUAUGAGCUGGAGGGCGUCAAAACCUCCUGUGCUCCCAACUGGUACAGCCGGGAUGUUGGCAACAUAUCCUACAUCAUCAUAUACUUUUGCUUUUGCUUUGCUGUGCCCUUUUCUAUCAUCCUGGUGUCUUACUCACGACUCUUGUGGACCCUCCGGCAGGUGACCAAGCUGCAGAUAUCUGAGGCUGGCAGCACACAUCGCAUGGAGAUGCAGGUGGCACGAAUGGUAGUGGUUAUGGUGUUGGCCUUCCUAGUGACCUGGCUGCCAUACGCUGGCAUGGCCCUUGCUGUCAUCAUGGACUCCAGUCUAUAUAUUGACCCUAUCAUCGCUACCAUACCUGUUUAUUUGGCUAAAAGCAGCACUGUCUACAAUCCCAUCAUAUAUAUUUUCAUGAACAGACAGUUUCGAGGAUACGCUGUUCCCACUGUCCUGUGUGGAUGGAACCCGUGGGCCUCGGAUCCACAAAUGUCUGAGACAGAGAGCACGGUUGCUUCUCUCAACAAGAGCCAAAAAGUCUCACCUAAAGAACCUCUGAAAGAAUAAAAAUGUACAUGAAUCCCCUAAUGCCCAGGGAAGCACAAGAUCAUCAGAACUACUUCCAGCUGUUGGCCAACACUGUCUGCACUGGACUGCAAGGAAAGAUGAAAUAAAAACAACAUAUGUAGACAAAGCCGGGGUAAUGGACUGAUAUGGACGCCAGUAAUGAUGGAGGCAUUACAAAUUCUGUGUAGUCCUAUUUUAAAUAAAAACAUUAAAGCAACUGUGAAAAGGAAAAAGGAAAACACUCAUAUGAGACUCUCCAUGUGUUAAAAUCUGUCUGUUUCUGCUGAGGCUGUCUCAACUUUUUAUGUGUUAUGACAAUAAAGAUAAUUCUUUUGUCUUGAUCCCUGUCACUGAUGUUGCUGAUCAUGUAUAAUUCUUUUUAAUCUCACCAUGAGGAUGCGGGAGUUGUGCCAAUUCCACAGGACGUAAAGAUCAAAAGUUUCAAAGAUUAAGGGUUCAAAUCCACAUUUACACAGAAACAACAUUCAUGGUUUGCUAAAAAUGUAUGAUACACAUGCACAUUUAUUCUGUUUAUG